AUGUGGGCGUAUGACGACGGUAGAGGCCGUCGGGCGAAGGAUAUACCCAGCACGCGGCCCGCGAAUUACUAUGAUGAUGCCUAUGAGCGAGCACCCCCGCGCUCCUCACGCAAUGCCUACCCGGAGCCUCAGCCAAAACAUUCGUCGCACGAUCGACACCGCCGCAAGUCUGCCCUGGUAGACCCUGACGAGCCAAAGGCGGCUCGACGCAACACACAUGCAGGUGUCAAUGUCGUUGCAUCGGAUGACGGAUCAGGGUACCCCUACGGUAGCCCUCGGGAUGUUUAUGGGUCUCCUUACGCGGGCAGGAAAUCCCGGCAUGACGUGGAACAAAAAACCAGUGACAAGGACCGACAUUUUCGAGAGAAACGGGGCACCUGGGAAACCGAGGAGGCCGAAAACCUAAGAAGAGCAAAGAGCUACAGCCCUCGGAGGGCAGCAAGAGAGGCCGAAGCUCCACGGCGGGUGUCGCCGCAGGCCCCGAAGUCGAACUGGCCUGAGGAUGAAUAUACGACGCAAGCCGGCGGUGGCGCCCGCCAUCGGUCAUCCAAGAAAAGUGGCAAGGGACAAAAGUCCUACGAGGAUGACCCCUACGCAAGCUACUACGCGAGCCAGGCACCACGCAGCAAGAAGCACGACCGUGGAAACGCCGGAUACGAGUAUGCACCGAACGCAGAGGAGAUGCCUCGUCCCCCAAUGGGCGAUCACGCCCCGUACAAGUCCUCUCCUCUGACCUCGCACGCCGAGGCGGACGAGAAGCCCAGCAAGCACCAUCGGAAGCGAGACAAGGACUACUACGGCAAUGGGUACGACAACUAUUCCGCGGCCGGAGCAGGCACUGCGUACGGCGGAGGCUACGGCGCGGCUGCAGCGGAUGAACCACCACCUCGUCGCUCUCGCCACAGCAAGCAUCACGACGAUAAAGGUGCUGCAGAUGAAUACGGCUACGCGCCCCAGCCUCAACCCCGAGGCCGCCAUCGGGCCGCACCUGUUGGUGACUACGGGGAUGCCGACCCGUAUGACCGCGCAGCACCAGCACGGCCUCGUCAUCGCCAGUCCCUUCCCCCACAACCCCGUUCACAGUAUCCCGAUGAUCCAUAUGGUGACCCUUAUGCACAGGCUGCGCCGCGACGCAGAGCCACAUCAGUGAACUAUGGGCGUCAAGAUCAGUAUGGUGGAGACUCUAGGCGGGAUCAAUACUACGAUGAUGGAUAUGGCAGAGGAGGCGGCAGCCCGGCUGGGAGCAAUGGUUCGAAGAAGAACAACAAGAAGAGCAAGGCAUAUGCUCAGCAGGCUGGCAAGCUCUUCAUGACGCACGCGGUACCGGUCAUCAAGAAAGAGGCUGUGCCGUUCCUGACGAAGGCUGCUCAGGCAUACUUUGAGCAGCAGAAGAGAUGA